UUCUAUCUCCUCUUCUACAGAACCAUCAUCAGUCACUCUUUUACAGUUCACUCUCAACCAUCAUAGUCAUUCGUUCAUAGCCAUCUUGGCCACCACAUUCAUUAUCACCCACUAUCACACUCGUUUUUAUAUAUACCACAGUCGUUCACUCACGGUAACGUCAUCACUAACACCGAUUAUAACACAUCAUCAACAACAAAUAAAAAGAAUCAACUAAAAUAAUUCAUCAUCAAGAUGCCUUUUUUCAGCAACGCAACUGUACAGACCGGGUUCUCCGCUCAUCACGCGGCUUCGUUAUACCACACCGUGCCGGCAGUACACACGGCGUACCCGACACUUCACACCACCGUUUAUCCGGUGAAGGAGCCUCAGUAUACGACUGUAUAUGAGACUAUCCUGCCGGCGGCAUGCGAGACGAGCCAGUGGCUGGCUACCUACACCAUCACCGAAACCUGUAUCGGUAAACCUACGGACUAUGUGACUCCUACCAUGCCUCCCGGAUUCGUCGUCACCACCGUGGCUUGCCAUGCCUGCAAGCCUGCCACAGAGAUCGAGAUUACCUGCCCCGGCGCUCAGCCUACCGGUACGUGGGUGCCCACCGUUAGCAUUACCGGCAACGGCGUUACCGCGACUAUCACCGCCUACCCUACCAGCACCCCAACCACCCAUACCCGUACCGUCCCUGCCGUCCCUACACACACUGUUGUGGGCUCUUGCUCUGGCCCUGGCCCAUGCCCUGGAUCCGGUUCUGGUACUGGUUCAGGGUCUGGUUCGGGGUCUGGCAGUGGUACCGGAUCUGGCCCAAGCUGCCAUGGCCCAUCAUGUGUGUCUCCUGGCUCCGUAUCAGGGCCAGUAGGUGGUUCCGGCACUGGCUCUGGCUGCACUGGUCCCUCGUGCGUUUCCUCUGGCUGCAACGGCUCGGGUGGACGAUGCAAUGCCAGCGGUAUGGCUUCCAAUGGUACUACUAGCAGCCCACCUGCUGUCGUAACUGCUGGUGCCGCAUCACUCAAGAAUGCCUUCGCUGUCUUCUCCGGUCUUGCUUUCGUAGCCGGACAUUUCCUAAUUCUGUAAAGGGAGCAUGAUUGCAUCUGUGGUUUAGGAUCGGGGUUCUUCUUUGGUGCAUGGAGGUUGGGUUGACGUGCUGAUUCAUAUUUCUUGGAUAUGGCUUAUGACAUGUAUUUUCUCUCCUUUUCUUUCUUUUUUUUUAUUAUCUCGUUGGGGGUAACGACGGAAAUACUUGGGUUCUGGGGUUUACAUGUGGAUCUAACGUGUUAAUUAUUGCUUACUUUUACGCAAUGAUGUUAUAUUUAUCAAGUUUAAACAUUUGUCGUUGAUUC